AUGAGUGUAGAUUCUAGACAAUCCUGGUUAAGGUCUAAAAUGCAGACUUUAGAUACUCAAUAUAAUACAAUGACUAGUCAAGGAUUACCUGUUUCUGAAAUUUAUAAAAGACUUGCAAUAAGUACAACUAUAUAUACAGUUAUAGGAACUAUAAGUGCAAGUGCUUUAGGUUCUAUUCUUUUCAAAAUUCCAUCACUACGUCGAUUCUCAACUGGAUUAGGAUUUGGUAUAGGAGUUGGCUGGAGUAUGAAAUCAUCAAAAGAUUAUUUGAAUUACAUAAAUAAUAAAGAUUACAAUCCAUCAAUACCAAAAUCUACUAAGGAUUGGAUAGAUAGUGGAAUGAAUUACUUUAAUAAAAUUAAAUCUACAUGUUCUGAUUGGCUCAAAUAA